UUUACCCCAAUCUCGAGUUUAUGGGCAUUUUUUUUUGUAAUAUGAAGGUUAUGGGUUAUCAUUAUAUGUGAAAAAGAAGCAGAGCGAGCGAACCCCAAAAUUGAAAACCGAAAUCUGAAAUCUGGAGGGCUUUUUCUUCUCUUCAGAGGCAGCUUCUAUAAUUACAAGCUCUGGUGCGAAGCUGAUAGCGAAGGACUAAGGUUGGCAAGUUAAACAUGUCGUCUACUCUGCUAGAGGUGACCCGUUCCUCACACGAGGAGGUGGAGCGACUCGAGCGGCUUAUAGUGAAGGAGCUCCAAAAUGAACCUGCUUCCGGCAAGGACCGUUUGCUACAGAGUCACCGAGUCCGCAGUAUGAUCGACACCAUCAUGUCCACCACCGAAAAACUUGUUGAGAUUUACGAAGAUAAGGAUAGCGCCAGGAAAGAUGAGAUUGCGGCACUUGGAGGGCAAACAACUUCAGGAACCAACGUUUUUAGUGCAUUUUAUGAUAGAUUGAAAGAGAUUCGUGAAUACCAUAGAAGGCACCCAGCUGCACGUGUUGUCGAUGUUAGCGAGGAUGAUGGCUUACUGAAAGAGGAACCACAAAUUGAGUUCAGUGGAGAGGAAGCAUUUGGACGGUAUCUUGACUUGCACGAACUGUACAACCAAUAUAUCAAUUCAAAAUUUGGAGAGGCCAUCGAGUACUCUUCAUACCUGGAUGUUUUCUCACAGCCCCAGAAAAUCUCUCAGAAACUAAAGUUUUCAAGACAAUACAGGGAGUACUUGGAGAAUCUUCUUGCUUAUCUCAUUUAUUUUUUCCAGCGUACAGAGCCCUUGCAAGAUCUUGAUCGGAUAUUCUCAAAGGUUGAAUCUGAAUUUGAAGAGCGAUGGGUUAUUGGUACAAUUGAAGGAUGGGAGAACACUAGUCAAGAUAAUGGCCAUGAUUCUGCUCAGCAUAGUCUUAUUGAUCUUGACUAUUAUAGCACAGUGGAAGAGCUGGUAGAACUAGGUCCUGAAAGGUUAAAGGAGGGAUUGAUGGCAUUAGGACUGAAGACUGGUGGUACAGUUCAGCAGCGUGCAGAGAGGCUUUUCCUCACUAAGCAUACUCCUCUUCAAUUGUUGGACAAAAAACAUUUCGCAAAACUGUCUCGGCAACCUAUUCAGAAUGGGUCGGCUGUGGCUUCACAAAACAAUGAAAAUUUGAAACAAGUUGCCUUGAUGGAAGCAAAAAUUGAAAAAUUGUGCGAUCUUCUGGAUGAGACAAUUGCUCGGACAAAAGACAACAUUGUUAAGAAGCAGGCCUUAACUUAUGAGGAAAUUGAAGCAGAACGUGAGGAGGAAGAGACCCAAGCUGAGUCUGAAAGUGAUGAUGAAGAACAACAGAUCUAUAACCCACUCAAGCUCCCAAUGGGUUGGGAUGGGAAACCCAUACCUUACUGGCUCUACAAGCUUCAUGGCCUUGGUCAGGAAUUUAAAUGUGAGAUAUGUGGGAACUAUAGUUACUGGGGUCGUAGAGCUUUUGAACGACAUUUCAAGGAAUGGCGUCAUCAGCACGGAAUGCGUUGCCUUGGUAUUCCGAAUACCAAGAACUUCAAUGAAAUUACAUCAAUUGAGGAGGCAAAAGACUUGUGGAAAAGAAUACAAGAACGACAAGGAGUUAACAAGUGGCGACCAGAUCUCGAAGAAGAAUACGAAGAUAAGGAGGGUAACAUUUACAACAAGAAGACAUAUACAGAUCUGCAGCGCCAGGGAUUGAUAUGAGAAUCACAUUUAUCAGGGAAAUCUCUCUAGUUGUUAUGGUUAGUCUUUGAAGUUUCGGAGGAAUCGUGUAAUCAAGUUAAAUGAAUAGAGAUUAUGAAAAACAGAAGGAAAUGUAACGCUUUUAUACAAGCUAAAAUUUUGAGAAAUCUUGUUCUGUUGUGAGGUAGAAAUGAGUUGAUAUUGUGAUUGUGCUACUUGAAAUAUGAGAAGUUCUCAAUCGUUUUGCUCACCAUCGAGCAGUUGCUAAUUCGAUCUUUUCUCA